ACGUAACAAGUAAGUUAAAUUCCGCGGCGAUAAUUUUUUCAGUCUUAUGUACGAAGUUGAACGUAUCACUUGGUCAACGCAGAGAUCUCCUAGAAAUUGCAUUCACGGAUUUAGAAAUGGGUCCGAUUCAUCAACUUCUCGCAAUUUUUGUGCUAGGUGCACUGAGUUGUUUUGCGGAAGACUGCAAAACUAGUCGGAAGUGGCUGGCAGCUAAAGAGGAAUGCGAAAAGGAGAUGUCCGAGCAAAAUGCAUGCUUUUGGAAUUGUAUGUAUGAAGAAGUCAGAGCGUUGGAUACUUAUGGACGUCUUUCGAAGGAGAGAAGCCCUGAUGCCUUGAAGAAAGUGAUAGAAGAACCUGAAUUGAGGGAAGCUGUGGAUAAAACAAUCGCAAGCUGCCUCUCGCAAGUUAGAGAUGAGAUAGAUCCGUGCAAUCAAUCGAAGAUGCUUCAUGAGUGCUUGUGGAGUGAUGAGGAAUUCCUGGAAGCGAUGAAGGCCGCAAACCAUUGUGUAAUGACACCUCAAUAAUAACGAAUGAUUUAUCAGAAAUAUACAAAUACUAUAAUUACGCAAUACAUUGCACAGCCUCUGCAUUAAGAUGUGUGCCUACUUCGUUGUUUAUUGAUCCUGAUUUAUCAGAUUUAUGGAAAUAAAGUUAUUGGCAAUUUGAAAAUUCUUAA